AUGGUUUACGUUGUCACGGUGUUCUUGGUGAUUGCGUUCUUGUCAUCGGUUCAAGGCAUUAAGUUUGAGCUGCCUGCUCAGGUUCCUGAAGAUGCUGUUCCAUUUUGCAUCUCACACUAUGUAGACGAUGAGACGCAUGUUGUAGUUAAGGUCAAAGUUGGACCUGGACCACAUCAGAAGACCUUGCUUGAGAUUACGGACGACAGUGAACAUCAAAAUCAACUUUGGAGAAAGGACUCGUUGUCGGAGGGACGUCAAUUGGCUAGUUUCUUGACCAAGCGAGCCGGUGAUGUUUUUGCCUGCUUUACCAAUGUCCUUGCUGAUGGUUAUAAGCCUGAUUCAAGAUACACGCGUGUUGUGGACAUUGAUUUCGACAUCGGAUCCGAGACAAUUGACUAUGAGAAGCUUGCUAGGGAAGAAAGAUUGAAACCCAUGGAGUUGGAGUUGCGCAAGCUUGAGGACUUGGUUAAGGAUAUUAUCGCGAAUAUGGAGCACCUCAAAGAGCGUGAAGAAAAGAUGCGCAACACGAAUGAAUCUACAAACGAGCGUGUCAAGUAUUUUUCAUCCUUGACGAUGUUCAUUCUAGUUGGACUGGGGCUCUGGCAAAUCUUUUAUCUCAAGCGCUUCUUCCGCAAGAAGAGACUGAUCGACUAA